AUGUCGUUAAUAAUACCGGAGAAGUUUCAACAUAUUCAUCGUGUUAUGAACACGAAUAUCGAUGGCAACAGGAAAGUACCAUUCGCACUCACUGCUAUUAAGGGUGUCGGCAGACGUUUUGCAUUUGUUGUUUGCCGAAAAGCUGAUAUUGAUAUUAAUCGACGUGCUGGCGAACUAUCGGAAGAAGAUCUGGAGAAAUUGCAACAAGUAAUGCAAAAUCCCAGCCAAUAUAAAAUCCCGAAUUGGUUUCUGAACAGGCAGAAGGAUAUCAAGGAUGGGAAGUAUUCUCAGAUGUUGUCUACAUCGCUUGAUAAUAAGCUUCGUGAAGAUUUAGAAAGACUGAAGAAAAUUCGUCUGCACAGAGGGCUUCGACACUAUUGGGGACUUCGUGUACGCGGACAGCACACUAAGACAACAGGUAGAAAAGGUCGCACUGUUGGUGUGUCGAAGAAGAAAGGAGGUUAA